GUGUGUGGUGUGUAUGUGUGGUGGUAGUAAUCGCGACAGUCUUGCGGGCAGUGAAACAGAUUUUAACCUUCGCAAACGUUUGUACGCGCGAUGCAAUGGUUUUCGAACGAUGGAAUUAAGGCAUCCCGGUCAGCCAUCGGCAUCAGCGUCGUCAGCUUCAUAUCACAGGCCGCCCCCAGUUGCACCCCAAUCGAACCACCCGCCGCCCGCUCCUGAUGGUGGUGGUGAGGUGUUGUUGUUCCCGCCCCGUUCCUGCCCAAUAACAGUGCGCGUACGAAGGAAAAGUCUUGCGAAUCUGCCCAGCAUACGGGAAAAGUUGAGUGCAAUUUUUGGGAUACAGCUGCAGGAAGUGCUUCAAGCUACCGAUGAGCAGCAAUAUCAGCAGCAGCAGUACAUCACGUUUCAGGUGCUGGACGAAACUUCAGGUUGCCAGGUAGCAGUAGGCAGUGCUUUAAGCGGUUCCCUCGUAUCCAAUGGCAACGGUGAUCUAAUCGGGCAAAUACAGCAAUUCAUUGACUCGCUAUGCACGAACGAGGCCGAAGACUCCAGCUAUGACAGCGACUGUGACGGUGACGAUCUCUCCCACGAGCAGGUGUCCCGCACAACGAGUGACACCCUAGGGCAAGAGUUUGCCGAGUACAUAAACGUAACCACUGCUCCGAACACUGGUCAUCAUCAGCAACAUGGGAAAGACGUCUCACCGACGACCUUACCCGAACACUCCCCAGGGUAUCAGCAGCGGGUGGAGUUUGCCCUAAAGCUCGGUUACACCGAAAAACUGGUGCAGGCCGCUUUGCAACGGCUGGGUCCAAAUCCGGCCCAGAACGAGCUGCUAGCGGAACUGAUCAAGCUAGGCUCACAACCGGGUGCGAAAUGUGGUAACGAAUUUACCGCGGACGGCCACGGGCAUCAUGGUGUGGGGAGUGGCAGCGACACGGGAGUGGCAGCAGACCUAGCGGCUUCGGUGACUGGCGGUCUGCCCGGUGGAUCCUCGUCAAUGGUUAACGAAGAAUCUCUGCGCCCGAUCGUGAUAGACGGGAGCAAUGUUGCAAUGAGCCACGGUAACAAGGAGGUGUUCUCCUGUCGCGGUAUACGGCUGUGUGUGGAUUGGUUCAAGAACCGGGGCCACAAGGACAUUACGGUAUUUGUGCCCAAGUGGCGCAAGGAAAGCUCGCGCCCGGACAAUCCCGUCAAGGAUGGGGAAAUUUUGAACGAGCUGGAAAAGGAGCGUAUGCUAGUAUUUACACCGUCGCGGUUAGUUGGCGGUAAGCGGAUGGUGUGCUACGACGAUCGAUAUAUUCUAAAGCUUGCGGCAGAUAACGAUGGAAUUGUCGUGUCUAACGAUAACUAUCGCGAUCUGGUGCAGGAAAGCACCGAGUUCAAGAAGGUCGUCGAAGAGCGGGUACUGAUGUAUUCGUUCGUGAACGAUCGCUUCAUGCCACCGGAUGAUCCGCUCGGUCGUUCGGGGCCCACGCUUGACAACUUUCUGCGUGUGCAGCCGCGCAAAGGCGAUCCACCGCCACCCUGUCCGUACGGCAAGAAGUGCACCUAUGGGAAUAAGUGCAAAUUCUACCAUCCGGAACGGGGCAGCCUUCCGCACAAAUCCGUCACGGAACGGCUUUCCGAGCAUGCGGCACGGCAUCUGCAAGCGCGCAGUGGACACGAUCCAUCGGCGGGCGUUGCUGGUGGUCGCAGUGCGGUCCAAGGCAAAUCGCUCAGCGUUCCACUGAGCAACAGCAGCAACGAGACUAGUCCAAUCAACGAUAAACGGAAAGCAUUAUGUCGCACAAGAUCAAACGUACCUUCGGAAAGCGUCAAUACCCCUUACGGUAGCGGUGGCAUGACUCAUGCACACGGUGGACACUCCGACCUGCUGUCACUUCCCCAUCCGACUGUGCAGCAUCCAGCCGUACGCCAGCAGCCACCGCAACAGUUGCCUUUCCACGCUCCACCAGUGCCAGUGGCCAGUAAUCGAGCCGUUCCGUGGGAUCUCUCCCCACAGCAGCAGCAGCAGCAACUUCAUCAACAUGCCAGUAUGGUGGACGUGCAGCAGAUAUUUCCCAAAUCUCAUAGUAUAGAAAAUAUAUCUAAGGAACCGCCGCCACCGUACGGUCAUGCCGGGCUCCAUCACGCCGGUUGCUACGGUGCCCAACCGCUUUGGACCCGACAGCAACCUCCGUCCCAGCAGUCACCCCAACCCCAGGCAGCGGGCCCCGGAGGUGCGAGUGGGACAGGCGGACCAGUAGUACAGCAGCAACCGCCCCCACUAGACCAGAACGAUCCGAACGGGCUGGUCGAUAGCGUUAAUUUACAUCGGAAGUUACAGCGUCAGCUAACCCUCAAUCCUGCUGGCUGUGAUCCUCGAAUAUAUCAAAUGCAAAGGCUGCAGCAGCAACAGCAAUCGUCCCAGCAGCAUAAUCCCCCGCCACAAGCCGCUUCCCAGCAGCAGCUGUCACCGCACCGACCAUUGGCUCCAUCCCUUAGCGGUGGUACACGUCCUACGCCUUCUACCCAGUGGGAACUACAUCAGCAUGUCACUCGGAUCGCUUCGGCACCAGAUUCCACGCGUCCCUGGGGUCACAAUGGGCCACCACCGGCUUCUUCCUCUGAACCGCAUAUCAACCUUGGCUGGUCGUCCAGUCCCGGGACGCCUGCCCUACAACAACAACAACAGCAGCAGCAGCAUCAUCAUCAGCAACAGCAACAGGACCGCCGUCGGUUGCAUUACCAUCUGGCCAGUAUCUUCCCGGAGGAUCAAGUACAAACCGUCAUGCAGAUGUAUCCGGACGAGACGAACCCGCAGAAAAUAUGUGCCGCCAUACUGGCCAUGUUUCAGAAGAUGUGAAUCAG